GGACACGGGGGACAUGGCGCCGUCAGGCAGCAGGAGCACGGAAGCGGAGGGGAUGGAAAAGGAGGAGGACAGGGAGUCCCUGAUGAUGGAAUUAACUCGGCUGGUGCAGAAGGUGGUCAAGCAGAGCAGCUGGUGGGAGAGGAAGGGGAUUGACUAUGCCAUCCUGGCCUCUGCAUUCCUCUCUCUGCCUGCAGCCUUCCUGUUGCUGGGAUCCUCUUCUGGCCUACUGUUUGCACUUGGCGUGCUGGUCAUGGGCACUGCCCAUGCCAUCAUCACCUUCAAGGGGACCCAUCUGGCCACCCACGGGUUGCUAAACGAGUCCCAGGCUUGGGCUGAGUUCUGGGCCGUGUUCUUCAUCGAGGUGUGUGGUGCUUUCACAGCCAGGGCAGGUGUCCACUCCCACAUCAAACUGCACCACGCCCACACCAACAUCUUAGGCCUGGGCGACUCUAGCACCUGGCGCAUCCCCUUCCUGCCCCGCGCCGUCUAUCUGUUCCUCGCCCCGCUGACUGUGCCAAUCCUCACUCCCCUGGUGGCGCUGGGUAUGUUAAAGGACUACUCCCUGGUGCACGCGAUGCGUACAGUGUUGAUGGUGUCACUGGGUCUGUACUCGCAGUACUGGCUGCUGGUGAAUAUCUCUGGGUUUGAGUCCCCUGCCAGUGCUCUGCUGUGCAUGCUGCUGUGCCGGGCUCUCUACUCUAUGCCCUACAUCCAUGUCAACAUCUUCCAGCACAUUGGCCUGGCCAUGUUCUCUCCAACCCGCCGGCCCAAACGGAUCCACCAGAUGACCCACGGCGUCCUGAACCUUCCCCGGAACCCAGUGCUGGACUGGACCUUUGGACACUCGCUCAUCAACUGCCACGUGGAGCACCACCUCUUCCCCUUUUUGUCUGACCACAUGUGUCUGAAGGUGAAGCCCAUUGUUUCCAGGUACCUGAGAGAGAAGAAGCUGCCCUAUCAGGAGGAAGCUUACCUCUCUCGCCUCCGACUCUUUUUCCACAAGUACCAGGAGCUGAUGGUUCUGGCCCCGUCCAUCACCGAGCUGGUGGGGGUGCAGUAACCAGGGAUGGGAGGAAGGAUCCAAAGGUCACCGUUCCUAACGCUUGAGCAUGAAUUAUGUCUCAAACGAAACUGAACCCGAGAUGAUGGUCUUCUAUGCCACUUAGUUAGUUUCUAACGGUAGCUCUGGAGGUGGUCACAUGGACAUGUUUAUAGACCUGAACUCUUGGUUUGGGGGAUUAUGGAGGGCUUUGUGAUUACCGCAAUGUACCGAAUGAAACCAUGUUAACAUAACAACCACUGCAGUGCAUUUUAGAGAUGCAAACCUAUGCAAUAUUGUGUAUUCAGUUUAAACCAUGCAAAGAGUCAGUGUCUCAGGUUGUAUGCGACUGUGUGUGUAUUAAUGAUUAAUUACUAUGAUUGUGUCGGCAUUUACAUCAGUCUUCUGUGUGUAAACCACUGGUGAAAACUGGAAAAGUUUAGAUGACAGAGCAUACCAGUAACCAACUCGGCCAAAAGGUGAAAGACUGUUAUCGAUACGGACCACACAGAACACACUGAGAAUGUGUUGCCUCCUGACAGAAGAUAUUUACACUAUUGUACUACAGUGUUCUAUCUGUGUUUGCCCUAAAUCACAUGUUUUAGAGGACUGUGACCAUCUGUCUGUACUAAGGUCCCCAUCGAUUGUUCUCCACUGUUUGCAUUUAGGACUUACCUGUCAAUAUUGUUCUUGGUGUGGAAUUAAUCUAAUUUGUGAAAAGAUUGUAUGAACUUGUUAUGGCUCUGAAAGCCACAAUUUCAAAAGGAACAAACAUUUAGUGAUGUUUUUACUAAAUGUUGAGAGCAAGGCUAAGCACAUUUUCUGUAGAAUUACACAGCAACACCUGUUGAGAUGUAAACCAUCCAAGUUCUCUGGAACAAAUUACUGCUGUGGCUGCAUUAUAAACAGCUAACAGCUGACUCACCCCCCCCCCCCCAUUCAUGAGGGAUUCAGGGUGAAUCUCUGGGGACCAGGAUUGGAGACCGCUGUUCUUCUAGUGUCUUAGAAGUGGCACCAUCACUUCUGACAUUAACACAUGACAGUGUCAUCGCCUCCUGUCUUCCUCAGUACAGUGUAGGUCUGACUGCAUUCCACUGCCGGGGAAAGAAUGGAAAAGAUUCUUGCUUGUAUUUUAAUUGAACUAAGUCUCUGGCGAGUAUGGAGAAAGUGGGACAGAGGAACAUGACGUAAUGGACUUUUGCUUUAAAGCAGUGGUCUCCAACCCUGGUCCUGGAGAGCUACUGGGUCUGCUGGUUUUCGUUCUUACCCUGCAAUUAACUAUAAUCAACUGCUCUAAUUUAAUUAAUUAACUCACCUCACCUGGUUACCUAGGUCUUUUUACCUAGAUUUUAAGGUGAAAACAAAAACCAGCAGACCCAGUAGCUCUCCAGGACCAGGGUUGGAGACCCCUGCUUUAAAGGCACAGUAGAUUCAAACGCUGGUAUUGGACUCUAAACGGAGCUUGGAACAACAGUAACCCUGCAUUAGAAUCUGCUCUGCACACCUGUGGUGAAAAUUCACCAAGCUGAUAACCCCAUUUACCUGGCAAAGCUGCAUCUCGUGGCACGUCGACUAUGGAGUGAGUGCGUUCAAUAAAAACAUAAAAUAACUCGUAUCUGAUAAAGCUGUGCCUUUGUGUGCUUUAAAGGAUGAAGUGAAUGUGAACAUUGACCUUGGAAUGAGUUAUCUCCCUCUCUUUCUCCCCCCUCCCUCCAUGUACUACUGCUUGGUAUGAAGCUGUCCUCAAGGUUAAAUAGCAUUAAAUAAAAUGAAUUGGAGAAUCAA